AUGUGCAGAAUCAUUUUUGGUGUUAUUGCCACGAUUUCUGUUGCUGUUCUUCUAAUCGAGAAAUCUGAAGAAGGAAAGUCUCCAUUGAGAUCUUCGUUUUACGAAACAUUUGAGUACGAGGAUGCUUUAACGGACAACUAUGAAGUUUUAUUGUUGGAAUUGGCAAAGCGUCAGUCUGCAAAGUCGACGGUAAACGUUGUUUUGUCACAUCAAGGUUGCUCAGUUUGUGACAGUGUUUUGGCAGAGCUAAUGAAUGCAUUGGCCCAAACGUACUUGACCUUUAAUCUUGAGUCCACCGGCGAUUCGAUUGACGAGAAAAAUACUGGGCUGAUUUCAAGCGUGGGGAAGUUCAGGUCAGUCAUAUUCCUGACAGUUAACGUUCCUGAUUUCAUUCACAAAUUUUCCAAACUUCGUUUGAAAUAUGCGUGGAACCCAAGAGCUGAGCAUUUGAUUUUUGCUGUAAUAAAACCGAACGCAGAUGAGCUGGAGAUGGUUUUUAACGAGUGCUUGACUCACCGAGUACUCAAUGUCGCAGUGAUUGUCCAUAAUCGAGAAGAAGCUUACACCUACAAUCCAUACCUCAAUCAUCGUCUUGAAAUGCGGGAAGUGGUGGAUUGGUCAGGAAUGUUCUACGACAAGCUCCGCAACAUGAACGGUCACUCGAUUCGGUCCAAGUACAUUCCGUACUCUGGCAGCGGCUUGGUGAAGUGGGUAAAAGAAGAGAGGGUGUUCAAAAUUUUCGGUACAGAUUUUGGCCACGCGAAAGCAGUCUACAAGGCCAUGAACGCUACUUCAAGUUCCAUCAAUGUGACGGAAGCCCAAUUUCUAUCCUACCAAAACUUUACAUAUCGUUACGAAAGGUGGGCGGACCAUCAAUUCGGUGGUUCCGAAAUGUGGCUCAAUUAUAUGCCAUAUGGCACAAAAUUUAAAGAACGAAUCGAACGUUCGUAUCCGGUGGCUAGAGGAGAUAUCCGAAUUCUGGCGCCAAAGAGCAGCAUUAAAAUGCCAAGUCUUCUCGCGCCCUACAAUAAAGCUACAUGGAUUUGCGUGCUGACUACUCUCGCAGUCUUUUCUAUUUAUUUGCACAUAUUUAAUAAGCUCCGGGGAAUCAUUGAUAAUGCUCUUUUUCGAACCCUAGGCGUUUUCCUGGGUAUGGACUUGGUGAAUGGGCGCCAAGAACUGGUGCAAAGGUUUACCUUCGCGAUGUUAAUGCUAUUCUCUCUGCUCAUCCUGAACGCGUACCAGGGUUCGUUGUACAGCGUACUGGCUAUCUCGUCUUAUCAUCCCGAAAUCGAUACGCUGUCUCAACUCCACCAGCGGACCAAAUCACUGUGGGCUUUACAGAACAUCGCCGUGCAUCUUCCGAAGCAAGAGCUGGGCUUGAGGGUGUUCACCUUCGACACUGUGGCCUAUGUGGAUUACAUGGCGACCCACCGUGACGAGGCUUACGCCUUCUCGAAUACAAUGGCCGACUACAUUUCCAGGCGAAAGAUCCUCUCGGAAAAUGGUGUGCCCUUUUACCACAUUAUGAAGGAGUAUUUCAUACCGGGUUUCAGGGUGUACUUCUUGCCUUACGGCUCGCCGUACCUUGAAAAAAUCGACAGAAUUGUUCUUGCUUGCAAUGAGGCUGGCCUGAGUGAAUACUGGAAGGAGGAGAGUUACUUCCAGGACAUACUGACAGGGGAUACGAUAAUCUCUACAUUCGCGGAGAGACCGCUAAAGAAAUUGUCUCUCCACACCCAGCUGAUGAGCUUCUACAUUUGGGGGGCUGGGCUCUUUACAAGCCUCUGCUGCUUCAUUGCGGAGAUUUACUUUUACCACGAUCUGAAGAAGGGUGCGUCGAGACAGCCGGCCACGCGGUAA